AUGGCUUACAACAACAAUGCGUCGGGCGGGUCUAAGCAGCACAAUAUCGGAGUUCAGUUGAGCAUUUUUCAGAAGUCAAUUUACAACAUUUUCAAUGAAAUCCCAAAUGCACUCAGGACGUCAAUGGCCGUACUUCUGGGUAGACGUUCCACCGAUAACGUCGAUCUCUGGAUUUGUGCCUACAAGUUGGUCCAGGAGCGAGAGGCAAAAUUGAUGGACGAUUAUACGAAGUUUUUGGAUACACUAUUUGUUAAUGGUCCUCCAAUGCCUGAGAGAGACCUUUUGAGCCCUCUUUAUGUCAAGUCCAUCGUGAGCCGUUUGAUUGAGAUUCGAGAAAAGGAUAAAUUUCGUGUCGUGUUACCGAGGGCAAAUAGCGGGGUGCGACAAGAAAUCGAGAAACUUGCAAAGUUCCUUGUUUGGUCAGACACAAUUGUCAAGACAGCAUCAAAGUCUCAACCCCAUGAUGCUUUGGCAUGGUCUGGUGUCUCAAUUUUUCUCUCACUUCUCGCGAAUACCCGAACUUACAGUAAGACGAUGCUGAAAGGUUUCAAUACACUCAACGACAUGCAAAUAUUUGGGAAGGCAUGCGAAGAGACUUAUCUCACAUCAUCGAACUUACAACUUUACAACAAUCUGAGAUAUGCCUUGGCUGAGUUAUACUCCUACAUAAUCGAAUAUCAGGCUCGAGCCAUAUGUCACAUAGGUCAUCCAUCGGUUUCGCGCGCUGUACAGAGCGUGAUUGGGUCCGAUGGCUGGAGUGAAAUAAUACAGCCAACCCAAAAUAUAAAACGGACUUGCCUCGAACAUAUCGCUCAAGGACAAAAAGAGGAAAUCUACUUAAAUAGCAAGAAUCAGCUGCAGGCAAUCCAGAAACAGGUGAUUCUUCAAGAGGAGAUUCUUAAAGAUUUCAAAAACAAUAAGCAGGACGAGGUAGAGCGAAAAUUCCUUGAAGAUUUCGCACAAGCGUCAGGGAACUACGCAGGAUAUAAGGAUAUCAACCCAGAGAGAGUCCCCGGAACUUGUGAGUGGUUUUUGGCAGAUGAUCGGUUUUCCAAAUGGCGGGCUAGUCAAACUGGAGAGCUUCUAUGGGUGUCUGCGGGUCCCGGAUGUGGAAAAUCAGUGCUCUCGAGAUGCCUCAUCGACGAAGGCCAUCUAACCCCGGAUUCUAUGAUUACUAUUGAGUCAUCAACUAUCAAGGCCUCACAGAGAGAAUCAGUCAUCUGCUACUUCUUUUUCAAAGAAGGGGGUGAAGGGCGCAUGGACGGCGCUCACGCGCUGUGUGCAAUAUUACACCAGCUGUUCCAGCACCCUUUGACUGCCAAUCUUAUCACUUAUGCCCUUCCAAGCCACAGGAAUAACGGAAAGACUCUAACGGAAAAGAUGGCGGAGUUGUGGCAAAUAUUGAUCGAGUGCGCAAAAUUUUCAUCGGCAGACAUUAUUUGCGUACUCGAUGCCCUGGACGAGUGCCGGAGAGAGAGCGCACAUGACUUACUGCUUAUGGUUGAGAAGUCAUACUCUCAGCAGGGUGUGCUGUUGAAGCCUUCGAGAUUGAAGUUCUUGAUAACCAGCCGCCCGUACGAUGAUCUAAAAUGGUCAUUCGACAAGCUUCUAUCAAUUGCAACGUAUUUGCAUUUUGACGGCGAUGAGAAAUCUCACCAGAUUGGGGAAGAAAUAAAUCUUGUAAUUGAUUUCAAAAUAAAAAACAUUGCGAGCGCCUUCUCGGAUAAUGAACGCAACACAAUUUCAGAGCGCCUAAAGAGCAUGGAGAACCGGACAUAUCUCUGGCUACACCUGACGUUGGCCAUCAUUGAGAAAAAGAGGAGUGCAUAUGGUAGAAGUGCCGACAUAGAGGAGUUUCUGGGUAAACUGCCUUCCAACGUGGCCGACGCAUAUGAGAAAAUGCUUUCCCAAAGCCAGGAUAACCGGAAAGUCGAGGCCUUGCUACAGAUUGUUUUAGCUGCGAGACGCCCGCUGACUCUAGUCGAGGCCAAUAGUGCUCUCGCACUCGCCGUGGAAGAGGGAGGGUUUUCAACGUAUGCGGGACUGGAAGAAAAAUUGUGGCCACAAGGCAGUUUCAAGGCAACAGUUCAGAAUUUGUGUGGCCUCUUUAUCAGCAUCCACGACUCGAAACUAUUUUUCAUCCACUUGACGGCAAGAGAAUUUUUGGUCUCUCGUGAGCAGCCUGGGAAAUGGAAGGGUCGGUUGACCUUGUCAAAGUCUCACGGCAUCUUAUCUGCAACGUGUAUCAAUUAUUUACAGAUACUCAAUCCUUCAUGCAAAUCGCCCAAGGACGAAUACCCCCUCUUGUCUUAUGCUGCUGACUUCUGGGAUUACCAUUUUCGAUUACAAGAUGCAGCCCCUGCUGAAAUGCUUCUAAAAUCUGCACGUGAGCUUUGUCGCACAUCUUCGCCACAGACCCAAUUUUGGCUCAAGCAGCGUCGGGGUCAUCACCAGGCGAUGAGCAAAACAGGGCCAGAUUUACUUCUUUUGAUCCAAUUGCGCCUGGCUGCAGUUGUAUAUUACGUCUUGGUGCAUGAAAACGUCGACGUCAAUGCCAGAGGACUGUAUGUAUACAAGCCGCUUAAUAUAGCCAUAGAUAAUGGCGAUUUAGACAUAAUGGAAAUCCUCUUAGAUCCUGCGCAUGGGCUAAAGAUUGAGCGUUAUGAUAUUUCCAUGGCUCUGAACCGUUACUUUGACGCAGAAGCGAUGAUGAACUUGCUUCUGGAUAAACGUGGCAGUGAAAUCGAAAUUGACGACCUGUUUCUGUGCGAGGUAGUGAACAACAGAAAGUGUGGGGCAGCAAUGUUGGCGUUUUUGCUCAAGAGGCGUGGCGACGAAAUCAAAAUCACAGAAGAAGUGGUCCGGCGGGCGGCUCGUGAUGGGUCGGCCGAGACCAUGUCUCUGCUUUUGGACGAGCUUGAUAACGAGUUUCAGAUCACAGAAGCUAUCAUGGAGUCCGUGACACACAAUGAGAGAGAUGUGCUUGCUCUGCUUCUCCAACGACGCGGUCACGAGGUCAAGAUCACAGAAGCAAUCCUCAAGGAGGCAAUGGGCACAGAAUACUCUGAAACCUUCGAUCUAAUUUUGGAUCAUUCCAAUGGAAUUCACAUUACAGAUGAAAUGGUUCGAGCUGCAGCAAAAAACCUCUUUGGGGGUUCGGAGAUAAUGCGGUUGCUAUUUGAAAAGCGCGGGCAUAGUAUUGCAAUCACAGAAGACAUGGUCAAGGCUGCAAUAGGGAAUGAGGCAUAUGAGCCAAAAAUAAUAUGUUUAAUGCUCGAUCGGUAUGGACAGAAAUAUAAUAUUACAAGAGGUAUCAUCAAGGCUGCAGUAGGAGAUCGGUGUCACGGGCUAGUGAUAACCUCGAUGCUACUUGACAAGCGUGAGCACGAGUUUAACGCUACAAAAUAUAUAGUCAAGGCUGCAGUGAGAAAUCGGCAGUAUGGGCUAGAAAUAACGUCAUUGCUGCUUAAUAGGCGUGGGCACGAGUUUAAAAUUACGGAAGAUAUUGUCAAGGCCGCCGCAGGAAAUCGAGGUGACGUUGGGCCGCAAAUAAUAUCUUUGCUACUUGAGAGGCGUGGGCACGAAUUUAAUAUUACAGAAUAUGUCAUCAAAGCAGCAGUGAGAAAUAGGCGCCAUGGACUGGAAAUAACGUCACUCCUUCUUAACAAGCGUGGGCACAAAUUCAACAUUACAGAAGAUGUCGUCAAAGCAGCAGUGGGAAAUAGGCGCCAUGGACUGGAAAUAACGUCACUCCUUCUUAACAAGCGUGGGCACGAAUUCAACAUUACAGAAGAUGUCGUCAAAGCUGCAGUGGCCAACGAGAAUACGGAAGGGGUAGUGUCUCUACUGCUUGAUAAACGAGGGCACGAGAUUAAUAUUACGGAAGAUAUUAUCAAGGCCGCCGUAGGAAAUCGAGGUGACGUUGGGCCGCAAAUAAUAUCUUUGCUACUUGAUAGGCGUGGGCACGAGUUCAAAAUUACAGAAGAUGUCGUCAAAGCCGCAGUGGCCAACGAGGCUGAAGAGAUAGUGUCUCUACUACUCGACAAACGAGGGCAUGAGUUCAAAAUCACAGAAGAUAUUAUUAAGACUUUAGCAGCGGCUGAACAUGGAAAUGUGCUGGAAAUGAUGUCUUUAUUGCUUGACAGGCGAGGGGCGGGAAAUAAGAUCAACGUUACAGAAGGUAUUAUUGAAGCCACAAACAAGAGGCAUUUCUACCGGGAUGAGAUGCUGGCACUACUACAACAAAAACAAGGCAAUUUGGUUAAUAUUACGGAACAUCAAUAA